CGAUUCUCAACUGUCAACAAUAGUUAUUUAUCUAACAUGUCACGAGGAAGAUGAGUUGUGUAUUACAAUGAAUCAUGAGAUUUAAUGUUGCGUCAUGCCAUAUUCACACUAAGAUUUAGUGCUGAAAUGACGUGUUAUUAGUUAUUUGUCCUUACCGUGCAGUAUACACAGCUGAGAUACACAGUAGUAAACGUGUAUUAUAACACACAGAAUGAAUGAUUAUUACGAGAAAGAAGAGUAUUUCGGUAAAUCAUGAGAAAACAUGCAUUUGAUUAUCCAUAAUAAGAUACAAAAGUUUGAGUGAUUAUAAAUGGACUGCCACUAUAUACAAUUAAAGGACAAGAUUCCUGCCGAAUUAACAGCUGAAGUUUUGCAGAUUCCUGGUUCUACAUUCCAAGUUUCCAAACCUGAUUUAGACGACGAAAAAAAGAGAUGGCUGAUAGUUGGUAUUUGUCUAAAUUCUAUCGUUGCACCUGCUUUAAGGCAAUAUGUUGCUGCAGUUAUAAACAGAUUGUACAGUUCUAUGAAGCUGAGUCAUAGCAUACAUACACAAGUAUUUCCAAAUCAUUUAAAGAAAUAUCUUCCUACUAACAGAGAUCUCAAUUACGAAGCAGUUAAUAACAAUAAAAACAUACCAUAUAUCCGCGGAAAGAAAGAUUUCCCUAGUUACAAUUAUGAUAUACAAAAUGGAGUUGACUUUUCAAAGUUGUUUUUGGUUACUCAUAUGGCCCACUUCACUGGGUUCGACCACACAUGUGACUCCUCAGCACUUCUUGGCCUCCUGAUAAACAUAGAUAAAUUUCCACCUAAUGUUAAAAAGGUUGCAGAAAAGAUACGAUCAGAUAUAAGAAAUCCUUGGGCGCAUUGUGAUUUUACAGAAUGGGACUCGAUAAAAUAUCUUUCGUCUUUCCAAAUGAUGCAUCAGUUGAUAAAGAAUCUAACAUUAUCAGCUAGAGAUGAAAAUAGCAUAUUAGGAGAAUUGCAGAUCUGGGAAUCAAACGGUAUACAGUUUUUACAAGGGAACACAAUAGGACUUGAUUUAUUGGAGGAAAUUACAAAACAUACUAAGGCACUCGCCAAGUAUGUCCUGAAGGCUAUAGAUGAAACAGAUGAAAACUUUCAAAAAGUAGAAAUUGAGUUGCUCACAGUACAAGAUGAUUUAAGCACUUUCACUCUGCGCUUUCAGCAAAUUGAAAGCAAUCAACAAAUAUAUUCGAACACUAUUGCCAAAGCUCAAGAAGAUAUUUCAGGAUUAAUUGAUAAAACUACUUGUAUAACGAGUAUACAAGAACGAAAUAUCAAGAAGAUUGAAGAUUCUAGUAAAACUUUACAAAAGGCACUAGAUGGGAUUAAAAACUUGAAUACACAAACAAAGGAAAUGGAAGAAAACGUCUACUCUUUGACAGAAAAUCUUAACAGCACUAAUGAGAAUAUAUCUGAGAUUAAAGAAGAUAUCGAAAACCUAAAGUACACGUCAAGCGUCAGACCAGAAGGGAAAGUUUAUUUUUAUCCACCCGACCGCAUAAAAUUUUUUGUUGGUCGUACACGUGAGAUAGGAUCCAUUCAAGAAAAUUUCUUGAAAAGAAAAGGGGAACAGUAUACAUUUGUGGUGUGUGGAUUGGGAGGAUGUGGUAAAACAACAGUAGCGAUAGAAUAUUCUUGGCAAUUUCAAACAUUUUACCCAGGUGGUGUGUUUUGGGUGUCCGCAGAGUCAACUGAAACGUUAGAAACAUCAAUAUCAAAUCUCGCAAUUGAUAUAAAUACAAUAGGCAAAACUGCAAAAGAAACACUUUUUCGAACUCUAAAAUGGAUAGCUUCUUUACAAACCCAGUGGCUUUUAGUUGUUGACAAUGCCGAUGCUGAUGAGCUUUUAGGCAAUACAAAAGAGCUAUUGCUGGGAUCAUGGAAGAGAAACACAUUAGGGCAUAUACUCAUAACAUCCAGAAGAGAGCCACAGCAAGUAGAGGAAUCCUUACAGAUAGAUGAAUGCAAUUGCCUUUACUUAGAUGUUCUGACGAAAGAAGAAGGGUUGAUGUUUAUGAAAACACGAACGUGUAAAAACAAGAAUGAUGAGAAUGAAACAAUCCUUGAACUCAUUGAGGAACUAGGAGGGUUGCCUCUUGCACUCGAACAAGCUGGAGCAUACAUUAAGACCAAAAAAUGUACAUUCAUUCAGUAUAUGGGUAAAUUUACUAAACUCCGACAGAAGCUAUUGAAUGCUAUACACGUAAAGACAAGCCAAAACAUUGGAAAAGCAAGACUAGCUGUAAGAACUACGUGGCAGUUAAACAUUGAGUAUAUUCAAAAACAAUCUGAGGAGGAAGGUCUAGGAACAACUGCUGUUAAAAUUAUGGAAAUCGCUUCUUUUUUAUUUCCUGACGAUAUACCGGUUCAAAUUAUCAAUAAUGGUUCACCUUCAGUAGAAGACGAAGAAAUUUGCGAAGCACUGCAAGAUACAUUUGGGGUAAAACAAGUCACAGAAAUACUAACAAGAUUUUCGCUUUUCCAGCAAUAUCGAGAAGAUGCAUUGUCGGUUCACAGACUUGUACAAGAAGUCAUCAGAGACACCAUACAAGAUUUAAAUCAUAUCAGAAGAAUUUUACAUUUUGCCGCUAGAAUGAUCAACAAAGCACUCGAAUCUGCAUUGUCCCCUUAUAAAGCAUUAUGUAUUGACAAAAGCGACGCCUCGGAAAGGGGAUCUCUCUAUCUAUGGAGUAAAAUAGCUUUAAAUUCAAAUACUUUAAAAAGCCAUAUACAAAAUUUUACCAGGGACAAAAAGAUAGACUUUUCAUGUUUGAACAUUGAAAUUGCACGUCUUUUUCAUACAACAGCGGUAUUUCAUAGCGUACAUCAACGCCAGGAUGAAGCCCUAGCUGAUCAAGAGCAACUAUUAAAUAUUAUGACCGCUAUCGAGAUUCCACAAGAUUUAUGUACAGAAUUUACUUCUGUCAAGAUCCCUCUACUUGAGAAAGAAAGAUCUGUUAUUCAGGAUUCUUUGUCAGCAGUUUUGGCAUUACAGUCUGAAAAGAGAGAAAUUUUGUUAACAGAUGAAACAGAAAUGUUGAGGAUGAAGGGAAACGAAGCAUUUAAGGAUAACAGAUAUCAUGAUGCAAUUCAAUAUUACAGUGAAGGUAUACGAUUCUCCAAAGAAGACCUCGUCGAUGUAAGGUUAUUUUCCAAUCGAAGUUUAAUGUACCUCAAAAUAAACGAUUAUGAAAAUGCAUUGAAAGAUGCUGAAAAAUGUAUUAUUCUUGCUCCUGCACAAUGGAAAGCACAUUGUUGGAAAGCUUAUGCUAUGGCAAACUUAGUGAGAAACGGUGACUUGCCUGCUGAAUUUGAAAAAGUAGGUCUCGCUUCGGCAUGUAUUGCUGCUGAACUUAAUGAUGAAUGUUUACUAGAAUACAAAAUGAAAAUAUAUUACCCUCUUGUUGUUUUCAAGAUCAUUCAAAAGUCAGAUGAUCUUGGUUUGGAAAUAUCGUCAUUAGAACAACGUCCAAACACUACUUUGUUGUUAAAGAGCGGCUAUUACAGGAUUUUAUAUCCUGUCGUUACAACACAAAGUCUUCAGAUCAUAGGAAUAGAAGACAAUGUUGAAAUUUACCUGCAGUACUCCCUUCUCAUAACAAGACAGCCCGAUUCUUCCUUUACUAUAUCAUUUCACCGUGAAAAACAAAUACAUAUUCAUUUUGAAAAUGUGUCAUUUGUGACAGGAAGUGCCCAAAUAGGAGUCCUCUCCGAUGCAAUUGCAACAUUUUAUAGGUGUAAAAUAUCGAAUGGACCGAAAGGAUGUGAUGACUUUCCUAAGUGUAAUGGUGGCUCAGGGUGUGUGACAAAUACAGGAGAAUGUAACAGAGAAGGGAAAAAUCAAGGUUUUGCCAAUUUCGCCACUGGUCAGGUCGGUUCACCAGGGAUAUGGGUCGGCUCUGGAGGUAAAUUGAUUGUUCAAAACUGUGUCUUGUAUAGAUGUGGUGGUGGGGGAGUAUUAGCUGACGGAAAUAACGCUUGUCUGGAAAUUCGACAUUGUACAAUACAAAAUAUGAGGCAAAUGGGAGUUGAAGCAAGAAAUGGUGGAAUGGUAAAGGUCGAAGACAAUGUUAUUAUUGAUAAUCAGUUUCAUGGAAUUGCAAUUGCACCAAGAGGUUAUGCAGUAAUAAGUAGAAAUCUUAUUCAAGGCAAUGGACAGGAAGGAAUAUUUUGUGGUGGAAUGUUAAAUUCGGAUAGUGGACAUAUGCUUGAAAUGAAGUCGGAAGACACAUCUCAAGCAAUUAUCACCAAGAACACUAUCAUUCAGAAUGGAUUAUCUGGGAUGUCAUUGGAUGGUGGUACUUACGAAGUUUCUGGAAAUAAAAUUAUAGAUAACUGGCUGUGGGGAAUGAUGAUUAAAUCAAGAUCAUCGGCGUAUAUAGUAGGAAAUGAUAUUUUUGAAAAUAAAUGUGGUGGAAUACGAAUUGGAACAAAUUAUUCGGCUUCUGUUAUUAUUGAUGGAAACACCAUACGAGAUCAUACCGGGCCGGACAUUUUUGCUAUAAAUUCUUCUGAAAUUGGUUUGAAAGACAACGUAAAGAUUGAGAUUGAAACCAUGUUGGCCAAUAUACAGUUUGCAGAGGAACGGUUAGAGUAUUCAAGACCCCCAAUUAUCACUAACAGAAAUAUAAGAAGAAACAAUAACACUGGAGUCCAACAUCCCAGAAAAGCAGUUCAAAUAAUCCAAUCGUGUUGCUCCUGUUACCGUUCAUCCUUUCAGCUUAAGAAAUGUAGUAAUUGUGGAACAGCUACAUACUGUUCAAAAGAAUGUCAGAAAAAGCAUUGGAAAAAACAUAAACACAUGUGCAAACUUUUACAAAAAGAAUACACUAUAGAAAUCAAAAUGAAAGACACAAAACCUGUUGUGCAACCUGGCUAUGUUACUAUACGGGGUUUUGAUCCGUCACUGAAGGGAAUAAGGGAGGGACCUAAACCGAAUCCACUUAGUAUAAAAAAAUUCAUCGUCAAAGUUCAGUCAGGUCAGGAAUAUGGAUGCGUUAAUCCAAAAAAGACCCUAAGCUUAUACGACAGAAGUGUGACACUUGAUAUAAAGUUUUCUAAGUCUGAACUUUAUUAUUUAGUUAAUGAAUGUGGUAUUCUUGCUGGAACUACAUUGUCAACAAAGAAGAUAUUCUGUUGGGCAUCUUUUAAAGACAGUGGUUCUAUUCUGUGCAUUCAUACAGACAACUUACCACCAUUUCAGUCGUGGUAAUAUGGAUAUGAGAUACUUUUUAUGAUCUACUUUGCUCAUUAAAUUUAACUGUUUAUAGAACUGAACAAAGGUUUUCAAUUGUUGGUAGUUCAUAGAU